ACCGCACCCAUUUCUUCAUUGGCUGCACAUUUUAAUUUACCAUGAAGAUUUUAGGAACAGACGAAAGAGAAGCUCACAUUGCUCACAUCACCGCUGAAGGCACCAAGGGAUUGUUCUACGGAUCAUUGUUAUCGGCCGGGCUCUUUGCAUACCUUAGAACUAGACACCCCGUUAGGUUCAGCCAAUUUAACACCAGUAUCAAAACUUGUAUAUUUGCCAUGCCAACCAUCGCCACUGCCGCCUUCUGGGCUGACCAGGGGUCCGUUGAGUUUGAUAGACAGAUGCACUCGUCCGACUACCAACAAGAACAGCUUUUGGAGCAGUAUAAAGAAUGGCAGUCAAUGUCGAAGUACGACAAAUCCAUCCACUUUUUGAACGAUAACAAGUACAAGAUCGUCUUGUCUGCAUGGGCCGCGUCGUUGUAUGGCUCGUGGGUGCUUGUCAACAGGGACAAGAUCAUGACCACUGCCCAAAAGGCGGUACAGGCCAGAAUGUAUGCUCAGGGAGUCACAGUGCUUUUGUUGAUUGGAACCGUUCUUUUGGCGGUCAAGGAAGAGGAAAUCAACAAGAAGAAGCCGGCACCUAUUCCCGAGUGGCAGAAGGUGUUGAACGAUAGGGCCGAAGAAGAGAAGGAGAAGAAGCGGAUCGUGGCCCAGAUCAAGAAGGCCAAGGCUGAGAAGGAGGAAUUGAGCCAAUAGACUUGUAGAUAUGAUGAAUAAACGUAAUUUGAAAGCAUUUGACCAUUUAGUAGAAAUUGCCAUCGCCUGGAACUAACACUUUUCAGUGCCUAGUAGAACCAUUAGUAUG